AUCCGACCUCCAUCACUCUAUUGUGAAACCCUAACCGGUCCGGUUACAUAACAUUUUGAUUUUUCUCCGGUUCUCCCAAAGCUUUUCGGUUCGCUUCGGUGCGGUCCGUCAGUAUUUUUUGAUCGGUAUUAUAUUUCUCUCUUUUUUUUGGUUUUUUAAACAAAGAAAGCGAACGCAGGCAAGAAACUCGUCACGUGUACCGAUGUUUGAAGAAGAUGGGCGAUUGGUUUCCUCUGCAACAGCAGGCAUUUUACUCCGCCGUUUCUUUUGACAAAAACCCUAGAGGCAGCAAUUCUCAGGAGAAUCCUGCGAAAAUGGCGGAAGAGGAUGACCUGUACUGGGUGGAGCAGCCGAUUGGGCUCCCGAUUCGCAGGAACAAGACGGAUUGGCCAAUGGUUGUCAUCAAAGAUUCUGCAGGUUCCGUCAAGGACGACCUCUCUGUCUUCCCGCCGAUCAAUCAUGAGAAUCUCCAGGUCUCUUCCAUCACCGAUGGAGGUGUCGGGAAUCUGGAUUCUCCUUCGCCGUCGGAAUCCUCCUCUCCGGUUUCUUCGUCGCAAGGAUCCGCUUUGUCCUCGUCGUUUUCUCUGUCUCCGUCGGAUUCAAACGGACAACCGCAGUGGACGGCGGCUGAUUUUGACCCCAAAUCGCCUUGGAAGCCAUCCGAGACCGACGGAAAAUCUCCACGACUGUCUUCCGAUUUAGACGGUGAAUCUCCACCAUCCGAUGCAGUCGCAGAAUCGCCUCGGAAGCCACUGAGUCGCUCCUCGCGUGAGGUCGAUGUCGUCCAUUGUUGGUGGAAACUUCUUCUCCUUCCCGUACUCUCAAAGCUCCGGAAUACCUUGACAUGGUUCUCCGGCUGUAACUUCAGUUCCAUCAUAGGUACUCUCCGGUCAUUAUAUCCAGUCCUUGCCAUCGCGACAUUGUGGUGGACUCGUGUGCGAACUCGACGGAGACGGUGCAAGGGAGAAACCAUGGAACAUCUCAGAAACGUGAUCAAAGAGAAAGACGAGAGGAUCGUUCAGCUCUUGCAUCAGAUUGCUCAGGUAAACGAGUUGCUGGUUAAGCACCACAAGAAUGUCAUCUCAAGACUUCCAAAUUGAUCAAAAGAUUCACCGACCACAGAUUCUUUUGUUGUUUCUUCUUCUUCUUGAUUGUAUUAUUCUUCUAGAUAUCACAAUGAGGAAAAAAAAGGCUUGAACUUUCCCCAUCAAGAACUCUGGUUUCCCAUCUUCAUAAUCUGUAAGUUUGUGCGUGAGAUCCAAAGUAGCUUCCUUUAUGCUCGUUAGGAACCCUUUGGUGUAGUAGGAGCCAAGAGGGUGACAAUUCAGGUCCAUUGUAGACAAAGGGUAACUUCAAUGUAAUAUUAAGAUCAUUCAUCC